AUAUUGUUUGAAAAAUUGAAUAUUUAUUAUAAAUUAUUUAUAUCUACAAUUUUAUUUACACAAUAUAUUAUCACAAAAUCUAAUCAAGUCUAACAGCGAAUGAUGAUCCACAAGAACAUCCUUGCUCGGCCAAAGGAUUGUUUACAACUUUGAAUGAAGCCCUUAUUAAUUCUUCUUGAUAAUCUAUUGUAGACCCUUUUACAUAUUCCAAGGAUGUGUCGUCUAUGACUACUUUAGCUCCAUUUUUCUCAAAGUUACUUAUCAUCAUCAUUUAAUUUUGUAUCCAGAUCAAAUGUAUACUGGAAACCUGAGCAUCCUCCCCCUUCAACAGCCACUCUCAAAAAACUGUUUGGAGCGUCUUUGGUAAUUUUCUUUAGCCUAUCUGCACAUCUAUCGGUUAGAAUUAAUUCAGCCUUAAUAUUUUCCAAGGGCUUGACAUUUGCUGCUAUGUUGCGAAUUUGAAGGGGUUUGGUCAGUUGUUUCAUUAUUCGAGGCAAUAAUUGCCUGGAAUUGAACAUUUUUGGAGGAAUAAGGAAACUUUGAAUUUAGAUAAACUUUGGUUGAGCAAGUUCGCUGUGUUUAUUUUUAUUUUUAUUUUGGACUUUUGUGAUGAUGAGGUAAUGAGGUUAUGUUUGUUGUGUUGUUGAACUGAAACUCUUCUUUUUUUAUUCAAAAUAUCGAAUGUUGCUCAGGGAUGUUCCAAACUCCACAAUUGUGCAUAUUGAUGCACACUUUCAAAUUAUAUGUACAGUAUGCACCCCAAUCUCUAGAUAUGCACAUUUUGAUUUCUAGAAUAAAUCUGCCACAAUUUUUAAGUCAAUAAAUAAGAACACAAAAUAUUCUGAAUUUGGGAUUUCAUUCCAGUAAAUUUGUACUGAGUGUAACUAGACUGUACUCUAUACAUACUCCAUACUGUACACUCUACUAACCUGUAUGCCACCAAGAAUGAUACACACUACCACUACAAGAUGGCCUAUCCUCAUAAGGCCUGUGUGAAACAAAUCUCCCCUCUCUCCCCCAAGUCAACUCACCAGUUGUGACGUAGCAGCAUGUUAUUUCUCGCCUUGACGUAGACUGUUUAGACAGCUGACGACUAGACUUGAACACGGAAAUGGUACACCAAUAUGGCGGCGAUUACCAGAAACGAGGCCGAUAAGCAAAAGCAAUCCUGUGGGUGUGUAUCAUCCUUGGUACGCUACUGCCCAGCCGGCCCCAGCUCAGUCCAGCCUGCUCAACAAUCGACAAUGAAAAUACAAAAUAUUAAUUACAUAUUUAUUAGUUGUAUUCCUUUCACACCUAGGAGGAGCUCCGGAAGAGCUCCGGGGCUUCACGCGCUUAUUCCUUUCGAAAAGUUUUGUUGCACCACGCAUCUGUUCCCUGCAAAUCGGGGGCGACUAAACACCGGAGCGAGUAGCUCAAGUGUUUCAAACUCUUGAAAGGAAUACAACUAAUGGCAACCGGCAACAUGGGAAAGCAUUGAAAAACAAGGGGGAUGCACAUUAGUUGUAUUCCUUUCAAGAGUUUGAAACACUCGAGCUACUCGCUCCGGUGUUUAGUAACCCCCGAUUUGCAGGGAACAGAUGUGUGGUGCAACAAACACUAAAGGCCCAUCCUCAAUCAAUUUGGUAGCGAAGUGGCACUUCGGCACGCAUGCUAGGAAAAUGUUGUUUAACGUUGGCAUCCUCAAUUCAAUUCCGUGCUGGCAUGCACGCCGACUCCGAAGUGGAAGCUUGCAAGCUUUUUCGAUGCGUGCCGACUUAUGUCAUGCGCAGUACGGUGAAAAAUAAUUUAGGUUAUCCUUGCGUUCGGCAUCUUGCUCAAAGAGCAGAGCGUGCAGAGCGGAGCCGUAAUCACAUGACCAGCGAGCGCACAGCACAAAUAAAUGCUGUAUCAGAGGUUGUCUAUGAUCGGAGGGCUCGAAAUUUUAUUAAACGAACGUGAAUGAGCCUGCACCGAGUACACUUUUUAAAUAAACGAACGGUAAAUUCAUGCUCGGAGAACUCAGAUCAAAAUACCGAACGCACGGUAUGUGACCGGACUACACGCACAGCAGACUGAAAAUUGACAGCAUUGAGGAUGGGUAUCAAUUUCCCAGCACGCGUUCCAAAGUGCCACUUCGCUAGCAGAUUGAUUGAGGAUGUAGCUUUACCGAAAGGAAUAAGCUCGUGAAGCCCCGGAGCUGUUCCAGAGCUCCUCCUCGAUGUGAAAGAAAUACAACUAUUUUGUGUCAGAUAUGCCCACUUUUAUUAGGCAAUCUCAAUCACGUGAUUUUAUAAUGGCCGUUCGGGUCAAAUAUUGCCGUGACAAGGAUGACAAGCCGGUGACGUUCAUAAGGAGAGCAUUUGUGCACAUUUGUGUUCUGGCCCUUGUUGCUUUCGAAGUGAAUUUUAUAGUCUUUGGUGUUUCUACGUAUUUUUAUUGGUUUUGGCCAUUGUCGUUUUCAUAGUGAAUUUUAUAGUCUUUAGUAUUUCAAUGUAUUUUUUAGUGUUCUGGCCCUUGUUGUUUUCAAAGUGAUAUUGAUAGUGUUUAUAGUGUUUCUACGUAUUUUUUAAUUUAUUAAUAAAUUCUGAGAUGGAGAGUGAAUAUUUUAAGGUAUUAUUAUUAAGGGAAAAUCGAGCCUCUGUUAGAUCCUUUCUUUUAAUUGCAGCAAUCCUUUAAAGCCCUGCGUUGCCAAUGAUUUAAAAUAGCAGGAAUUUCACAUUUUUCCUGUUACCUCGACUUCCACACCCAAUUACGAUGCAAAUCGCUGGAAUUUUUAUUAACACAAUACCUAAACACACAAAAAAAUACAAAAUCCGAUAAUUCAAAUCUGGACGUUUGUCCAGAAUGUGACAGAAUCAAUGACAUACAGAAUAAACAACACAGUGCUUGACCCGAACUUCCAUAUUGAAUUUCGUUUUUGACAGGUCAGUAGAUUGCCUAAUUUACAAAUUCUCUCGGAACAUCCCUGGUCUUGCUAGCUCUACGGAUUUUUAUGUUUUUCCCGCACGAUUCUAAAAUUUAUAUUCGGUUCGCUAAUUGACGUUUUCAAUUAAAAGAGAUGGACGAUAAGUAUGAAAACAUUCAUUUUACCGCCAAAAUUUGCUUGUUUGUCAAUGUCAAUGUGUAUUGUGUGUUUAGCAAUCCCCUCAUUUUUAUUUGAAUCGGUGACUUCACCACAACAAAAAAUCUUUGUUAAGUGAAUGGAAAAUGACAAUGACCGACAUAGAAUGAUGGAUCCAUCGGUAAAAUUUGAUAAUAAAAACGCAGGGUUUGAAAUUGGGAAGAAAAUGUAGGAAAAGGCACUGCUUCAUUCGCAGAACUUCGCUAUGGAGCCGGUGGUGGAUUAUUUUGGAAGCAAACAGCUUCUGCAAACUAAACUUGAACGUGGAUUACUUUGUAUAUUUGAUGGGCUGUGGAUUUCCCUUUCUCUUGCGAGUAUCUUUUCCGGCGGAUUCUGAUUUUGUGUAUCCAAGUUUUGACAAAUGUAGGAUUUAAUGGAAACUUAUGGAAAAACACGUCCGCCGGUGGAUAGGAAUAAAAAGGAAUUAGAUUUAUGGAUAGGCACACUACACACAAUCACCAUUGUUAAGAAAAAACCUUGAAAAACCCGAGGAAAUAAUAGUUUCUUUCAAAAAUCUUGUCUACAAACCAACACGGCUGUCAACCAUUGUUUUCAUACUCUUUUGGCGUCUGACAGUUUGAUGCCAGAGAGAGAGGCUUUUAAAUUGAAAAGGUCAAUUCUAAUUAGUUCUAACUGAGUUUUCCGAGCUUGAAUUUACCGUUCGUUUAUUUAAAAAGUGUACUCGGUGCAGGCUCAUUUGCAUUCGUUUUUUAAAAUUUCUGGCACUCUGUGAUUACGGCUCCGCUCAGCAGGCUCUGCUCUUUGAGCAAAAUACCGAACGCAAGGAAAGAGGGAACCAAAAGUUCUGGCUGUUCGGUUGUACUCUUUGCUCUAGAACACGUGUCAAAGAACUGCUCCGACUUCCAAAAAGAAGAGAUGUCAUACUAUAUAACGUAACCCUACUUUGCUGUUAUCUUAUCAGUGUUAUCAUUAGUUUGUUUUUAUUUACAUACUGUUAUAAAAUCUCAAGUUUUAGUGAAAAUAUGGAAGAAAGUCCUAAAAAACGAGAAUAUUUAAAUAAAAAACAUAAUAACUUACCUAAUAAAACCAUCGCAAAUAAAUGACAUCUUUGCACAAGGUAGUUAUUCACAAAAAUGUUCCAUUUCACCACCCUCCUGCUACUAUCCCUGCUUCUAUUCCUAUAUGGCUUUUUCCCAUUACCUAACAACAUUGGCAAAUUUCCAAACAGCCCCCCCAAUAGCAUAGGAAACAUUGUAUUAAACAAUAAAACGUACAAGCCCCAUUUUCAAAAAACUGUUCUAAUAAUUAUUGAUGCUCUACGAUGGGACUUUGCCACUCCAGCCCUAAUGCCUCUCACAAUGCAAUUGACUGAGAAACAAGGCUGUAUCAAUAAAAUACGUGUCGAAAGCCCAACCGUGACUCUACCAAGAAUUAAGGCACUCACCACUGGAAGUAUUCCGCAGUAUAUUGAUUUAAUUAGGAAUUUGGCUUCGUCGGAAAUUUUGAGUGAUUCUUGGUUGCAUUCGGCAAAAGAUUAUGGAUUAAAGAUAGUGUUUUAUGGAGAUAAUACUUGGGAAAAAUUGUUUCCAAAUUUUUUUAGUAGAUCGGAAGGUACUACUUCGUUUUUUGUAUGGGAUUUUGUUGAAGUUGAUAAUAAUGUAACUAAGAAUGUUAACUGGGAAUUAGAAAGGACUGAUUGGGAUGUUAUGAUAUUGCAUUAUCUGGGUUUGGACCAUAUAGGUCACGUUUUGGGACCAUUUUCCAAUAGAAUGACACCCAAACUGCAAGAAAUGGAUCAAAUAAUUUAUAAAAUUUAUGAAAAAACUAGGCAUAGUAAUACCGUAAUUCUAGUCACUGGUGAUCAUGGUAUGAGAGAUGCAGGAGGUCAUGGAGGUACGUCUUACCCAGAAGUGACUGUACCAUUAAUUACCAUUAACCAUAACUGUAAAUCCUCAGCAUUUCUACAAACAGAUAUCCCUGCAAAUUUAGCCAUAUUAUUAGGAUUAAAUAUACCGUCAACAAGUAUAGGAAAAGUUAAUAAGGAUUUUUUAAAUCAUUUAAAUAUCGAGGAAUAUUUAUAUGCUGUAAGAUACAAUACGGAAAUUUUGUUGAAGAAAAAUAAUUUGUGUGAAAAUAUUUUUGAUAACGCCACAAACUUUCAUGAGAAUUUUUUAAUGAACAAUAAUCCUAUCGAUGCUAAUGAAGCUUUAAAUUUGUAUCAAAAUUGUUCAAAACAAAUUACCGAAGAAUUAUACAGGGCUUCGAGCAAACAAAAUUUGCAUUCACUUAUUUUGGCUGUAAUUUUAAUGUUAAAUAUUUUAUUUUUGGUAAUGCUUAAUUUAUUUAGUUUGAACAAAUUUAAUUUAGAAAUAGUCUUUUUGUAUAGUGUGUUUAUAUUUCAAUUUUUUGAAGUUUUGUUUGGCUUUAUCCUGAUAAUUUUAAUUGUUUUCGCUUUGGUUAAAUUGAAAUUUGUUUUGAAUUAUUUGAAAUUUUUAGUUAGUUUUAAUUUUUUGCAAAUAUUUUUAAUUUUUACAAGCAUUUUGCAACCAAUAACGUUUAUUUCAACAAGUUUUAUCGAGGAAGAACAUUAUUUUUGGAUUUAUGUUAGUGUUACUUUGGUUUUAAUAAUGUUUAUUCAUGAAUUAUCUCAGAUUAAUGUUGCAAUGUUGAAAUCAAUUAAAAAUUUUAAUUUUUUAAAACUAUUAUUGGUGCUCUUAGUCAUAAGAUUUUCAAUGGAUUUAAAUUCUACUACAGAAAAUUCAGUACAAAAUGACAAUAAUUGGGCAAAUAUUUUAAUUAAAGAUGAGAAUUAUUUAUUGCAUCAAACAUUCUUCAUAAUAAAUUUGUUAUCUAUAUUUUUGAUAGUGAAAAGCAAUGAAUGUUCACUAAUAAACAUCUCGUGUAUAAUAAAUUUAACUUCAAUUUUUAUACUAAAAUCUACUCCAUAUCACAAUGCAUUGCUAGGAAAAUUAAUUUGGGGCCAAUUAUUAUUAAAAAAAAUUGUAUCAAAUUUUUCUUGGAGAAAUGUAUGGAUUUUAGUGGCCUGUUUGCUGAUAAAGCCUCACAAUGUUAUCCUAUUACCUUUUGCUGUAUUAUGUGCUGAUAGCCUGAAAAGUAAACUUCAAAAAACUGAAUUUUUGAGUAUUACCUCUUAUAUUUUGUCAAAUUGUUUUUACUUUUUACAAGGCCACAGAAAUUCUCUGGCCAGUGUUGAUAUUUCUAUUGGUUAUACCGGAUUAAAUGAUUAUUAUCCAUUUUUAGUGAUUACGCAAGUUUUGAUACACACUUAUACCUUUCCAGUAUUGUUUCAAUUAAUAUUUGUUCAACAAAUUCCUAGUUAUAACAAGAGGAAAUUGUUUUGGCAAGUCUUGUUAGUUCUAAGGGUUUCUGUUGUAUUAUGCACAAGUAUUGUAAUAAUUUUCUUCAGGCAUCAUUUAUUUGUUUGGUCAGUAUUUGCGCCCAAACUUUUCAUAGAAAGUGUGCACACUGGGUUUUUGUUUAUUGAAAUUUGCCUCUGGUAUUUUUUUAUUUACUUGAAAAAGGUGUUUUGAGAAUAAAUACAGGUUUUUUUGUUUAAAUUGUUUAUUUUUUGUAUGAUAGUUUCCAAUUUUAUUAAUAAUUAGUAGUUUAAAAUAUACAAUCUGACACCAGUGUAUACAAAAAUGGCACAUAAAUGUUUAAUUGGGAAAAAUGAGCAACAUUUAAUUAAAUGCAUGGAAAUUAAUAAUUUUACAAUAAUGGCAAUUUUUGUGUUUAACCUUUGAAACAGGCACAUUCAAUAUGUAUCAAAAAAAUCUCGUUUUCGUAUAAAAUAUUUCGAGCAAUAAAAUUUCCUUAAAAUUAGAUACAAUUAGACCAAAAUCACCUCUUAUAUGACAGGAGUUACCAACAGCGAUUCAGUGAGGAAAUAUUGGGUUUUUGUAACAUAAUUUGGCAUAAAAUUCAGUCAAAAUUGUUCUAGAAAAACUUAAGGGGUUGCCAUCCUAUCAACAUUGACGUGAUACAUCUGAAGGGGUAAAUGAAUUUUUCUGUAGUUUAAAUAAAUAAUAAAGUAAACAAAUUAUCAAUAGACCGAGAGCCAGCCUGCUGUUUCCCCAAAUCUGAUAAUAAACCAAAUUUCUGACAUAGGUCAAUUAAUAUAAUAAAAACUAUGGGACGACUAUAAGAAAGACAUCAAAAGAUGCGACUAACAGCAGGGUGUUCUGAAAAUACUUCAUCUAAGGCAUAAGUAUUUUGCUUUCAAUUCAAAUGUCUUUUUGAUACAAUUUUUGAAUUCUGAAAUUAUGUAAAUUAUGCUGAUUCGUAAAUUAUGAAUAAACUGAACAAGUAAAUCAGCUUAUACUCACUUUUAGAAUACACAGUGAUUGGACAAGAGUUCCCCACUCAAUCAUUUGCAUUAACCAGGUACUUUUUAAUCUUAAAAAAUAAUUUCUUAAUAAAAGCUUACUCCUGAACUGCUACAUUUGACUUUUAUAAAAAGAAACGCUAACGCAGUUCAAAAAAUAAACCAAUCUUUAGGCCUCAUCGUAAGGCAUAAAAUAUUCUUAUUUAUAUAAUUCAUACAAAAAAAAUUGUCAAAUAUUACAUAAAUUGUGUUUCGACACAAAUUGCACUCUAUUAUAAAAUCAUAGAGAUCAUAUUUAAUCAUAAAAAACAAAAAUGGCAAAUCACAUUAUAAAUUUCACAGUCUUACCAACUUAAUAUCUCCCAAUCAAGUUUUCAAUUUGCUGCGUCAGCUGUUUAAAUGUGGGUCUCUCGUGAGGAUCGGCCUCCCAACAAGGCCUCAUCAAGCUGACAUAGAUCGAUUGAGGACAGUGUUCGGGACACGGAAACCUGGCACCACUCUGUAUUGCACUUAAUAAAACUUGCUGUUCCUGUCCUUCCGGCAUUUUGUCAAUGUUACCUAAAGUUGGAGGAUCUUCUCCAAAGUUGAACAUUUCAAAGAGAGUGACUCCGUAGGACCAUACGUCAGAUUUUACUGAGAAUUUUCCUUCGGCUAAACUUUC